ACACAGGUGAGACCUGCCUGCUGUUUUAUGUGACAAGGAAGAAAGGCCGGUUUUGAAAAGUGGUUUGCUUCUCUCUAGGAUUCGUCCUUGUUGUUCAUUAUUCUUUGUUUCCCACCAUUUGAUCUACUCUUCUUUCUCUCUCUUACUGCAAGUCAAACAGUCCCUCUCAGUAAAUGAAUAUGCUAUCUUCAAAAUGCCCAUGGCUCUUCUCCUACUCGUGGCAGAGCAAAACAUGGAGGAGAAGAGAGAGAGGCUUCUGGGGUUAUAGAGAGAGAAGAUUCAAAUUGUGUUGUUUCUUAGAAGUAGAAGAAGAAGAAAGAAAUAUAUUUUUAUUUUCCGGCAAAGAGAGGUCAGCAAGAGAAAAUAGAAUACUAAACUGAAAGUCUGAAAAAGUGGAAAGUAUAGAAUCUGUAUCAUCUUGGGUGGAAUUCUUAGUUUUGGAUCUAGAAGAGAGAGAAGACCGUUGAAUUUUUACAGGGUUUGGUUACAGAGAGAGAGAAUGGAGAGUGGAGAACAAGAAGAAGGGUGGAUAGAGAAUAGGAGGAGCAAAGGGACAUGGAAACAUGCAGCUUUCCAUGUUGCCACCACCAUUGCCACCCCUGCUGCUUACGCACCUUUGCCCUUUGCCCUCGCUUCUUUAGGCUGGUCUCUUGGGGUUUUUAGCCUGGUUGGUGGGACAUUGGUGACCUGGUAUUCCAGCCUCAUCAUCUCAUCUUUGUGGGCAUGGAAUGGCGAAGAGCACACCACUUAUCGACAGCUUUCCCGUAGUAUCUUUGGGUCUUGGGGUUAUUGGGCCGUCUCAUUUUUCCAACAAGUGGCUUCUCUGGGAAACAAUAUAGCUAUCCAUAUUGCAGCGGGCACAAGCUUAAAGGCAGUUUACAAGUACUUUCAUGAGAAUGGUGCCCUCACUUUGCAGGAGUUCAUCAUAUUUUUUGGGGUUUUUGAGCUGUUUCUAUCACAGUUUCCGGAUAUCCAUUCCCUUCGUUGGGUUAAUGCUUUAUGCACUUGCAGCACUGUCGGAUUUGCUGGUACCACUAUUGGUCUGACUCUCUACAAUGGGAAAAAGAUUGAGAGGGGAUCGGUGAACUAUCAUUUAGAAGGAGACUUAGCCACUAAGAUAUUCAAGGCAUUCAAUGCCCUGGGAACCAUUGCUUUCUCAUUUGGAGAUGCAAUGCUUCCUGAAAUACAGAGUACUAUAAGGAACCCUGCAAAGAAAAAUAUGUAUAAAGGCAUAUCUCUCGCAUAUGGAAUUAUUGUCCUGAGCUACUGGCAAGUAGCUUUCAGUGGAUACUGGGCAUUUGGGUCUCAAGUUCAGCCCUAUAUUUUGUCAUCCUUGAAAGUUCCACAAUGGGCCAUUGUAAUGGCCCACAUGUUUGCUGUAAUCCAAAUAGCAGGGUGUUUCCAGAUAUAUUGCCGGCCAACUUAUGCAUACUUCGAGGAAAACAUGUUAUCUAAAGAUCAGACUGGCCUAUUCAGAAUUCGCAAUCGACUAGUUCGCCUCUUUGCAACCUCUCUCUACAUGGUUCUAAUUACUUGUAUUGCUGCUGCAAUGCCCUUUUUUGGGGACUUUGUUGCAAUUUGUGGGGCAGUGGGUUUCACACCUCUGGAUUUUGUAAUGCCCCUAAUUGCUUAUGUGAAAGUAGGGAAACUACCAAAGAACAGAAGUUUGGGUCUCUCAGUUAAGGCCCUUAACCUUUUUAUUGCUGUUUGGUUCUCUGGGGUAGCCAUUCUGGGUUGCAUAGGUGCUGUGAGAUUCACUGUUAAAGACGCACAAACUUACAAGUUCUUUUAUGACAUGUAAUUGUCCCUAGCAUCUUGUUGUGUACGAAAAAACCACAAAAGAAUUAUGAAAUAAACCCGAAACAUACAGCAAUUGGUGCAUAUUUUAAGUGAAUGUAUGUAAUACAGAUAUACUUUUUUUUUUGAGAAUGGUAAUACAGAUACUUUUUAAGAUAACUAUUGGAAUAA